CCCCACCCCCCCUUGUCUUCCGAGCCUUCACGAGAGUCUCCCGAUAAGGGAUGCACCGCCUGCUCCUGGCAAACCCCUGGAGCACGUCGUCGUCUCGGCAGCACGUCCAGACGCAGCCUCCCUCCGUCCGUUCCUCCUGCGCGUGCGACUCGCUCUCGGCCCUUUCACCCCGCGUCCUCGCCCUGCUCGGCUCCUCCACCCGACCCCGGCUCCAUGGAGCGCUACCAGGCGGCGAUGGUGCUGGGAGGCGUGGGCGACGCGCUCGGCUACCGCAAGUUCUCGUGGGAGCACUCGCUGUCGGGAGACGAGAUCCAGCGGGAGCUGCUCGAGCUGGGCGGCCUCUCUGCGCUUGUGCUCACGCCCGAAUCGUGGCCCGUGAGCGACGACACCGUGAUGCACAUGGCCACGGCUAAAGCGCUCAUCUCGUCGUACCACUCGCUGGGGGAGCUCUUCCAGGAGAUGUCGCGCCAGUACGUGGCGGGGGCCGACAGGAUCCUCGACCGCUGCCCGGACCCGGCCACCAUCGAGGGCUGCUCGUUCCUCCGCCCCAAAAACCCGCAGCUUGCCUGGCACAUCCCCUUCAACGAGAAAGGCACGGGCUUCGGAGCGGCCACCAAGGCCAUGUGCAUCGGCCUUCGCUUCCCGCGCCCCGAGCAGGAGGAGACUCUGGUGGAGGUCAGCAUCGAGUGCGGCCGCAUGACCCACAACCACCCCACGGGAUUCCUGGGCUCGCUGUGCACGGCGCUCUUCGCCUCGUACGCCGUGCAAGGGAAGCCGCUGGCGCGCUGGGGGCGCGACAUGCUUGCCACCGUGCCGCUGGCGGAGGAGUACUGCCGCAGGAAGGUGCGCCACAUGUCAGAGUACCACGAGAACUGGUUCUACUUUGAGACCAAGUGGCUAUCGUACCUGGAGGAGCGCGGCAUCGCCGCGGAGGGGGAGGACUCGCCGCAUUUCCCCAGCAACUACGACACGCACGCUCGCGACCAGGCCUACAAGCAGUGGAGCUCGGAGGGCCGCGGGGGCCGGCGGGGCCACGACGCGCCAAUGAUCGCCUACGAUGCCCUCAUGGCCGCGGGGCCAAGCUGGGCCAAGCUCUGUGACCACGCCAUGUUCCACGGCGGCUUCAACAGCAGCACGGGCGCCGUGGCGGGCUGUCUCUUCGGGCUGCUGUACGGGAUGUCGGGCACCCCGAAAGGCCACUACGAGCAGCUCGAGUUCCGCGCCGAGCUGGAAGAUCUGGGCGCGAAGCUUCACGCCAAGAGCCUCAGCAAGGACGGCGACCCGCAGUAGCGGGGCCACCGUCGUUGUGGUGGUGCUUUGGGCCCAAGGGUCUGCUCCCACCUCCUGUCCCAACUUAUAGUGGGCCCUCACGUCCAGAUUCACAGGGGGAGGACGCCUGAGCUGGCAUGGAUAUGGCAGGGCAAGAGCGGGGUAUAUGUCAUGUAAGUUGAAGCCUUAUGCCAAACUCAAUGACGUGACUACAUUAUCAGCUCAAGGGGUGCGGCAAUCGGUCAGGUGGGGCCUCAAUACUGUUGACAACUUACCCCACGGUGAGUGUCAAGGGGGCCCCAACUCGUAAGCUUUGGCCACCAGUGGCGGGUGAGGCAAGGCACCCCCCUCCCUCCACGCCAGUAACGCAACUGCCCUAACCUCUACACGUCAUGCGUGUUUGAGAACCCACAUGAAAGCUUUGUUACCUGUAGCCACGCUAGGGGGCAGACUUUCCCGCACGAUGCAAUAAAGAGAAACACGUGAAUUGCAUGGCAAUCAAAAACAAUGCUUUUUGAUUCUCGAAGCGGGAAUUUCACGAAAUUUGACAAAAUCACACCCAAGCGAUUUGACGUUUUGUAGUCGCAGGUAAUCGGAGUGGCACCAGCAGCUCGAAACAUUGGAGAACCCAGCUUAAUCGCGGGCGGACAAUAACUCGUACUUGGAUCCAGGAUCCCAGCAGCGUUGGCUCAGUGUCCCUGAAGCCGAAGCCACCCUCCUGGCCGAGUGUGCACCGAUACUUGGCUUCAGUGGCAGUUCAGGUUGGUUUUUGGCCAAAUAAUUGGAUUGAAUACAACAUAUGCUCCUGUGCCGUCCGCCAACCAACACAAUCUUGUGUGAAAAUACGAUGCGUCCACGAGUGUCUCACAUGCUCUAAUAGUGCAUAAACUGUAACCAUGUUUUUAAUUGCGAGUGUAUUAUGCAAAGUGCUUUAUAAUAAAAUUUGAAUUCACUUAA